UAAUUAUAAUAAUACCCCCAAUCAAUUCAGACCGGCCUAGAAUAGAAGAAGAACAAAAAAUAAAAAAGCUCUCCUGCUCGCCCUUUCCAAUCCAAAUCCAAACCUAGGGUUUCAAUUCCGAUCCUCAAACCCUCACUGUAGAUCUCGCAUUGAUCGUUGCAUGUGUCCGAUCUUCCUCCGAACCUCCAUUGCUAUCCAGGCACAUCUUCGCAGUCUUCGCCGUCGACAAUGUCGUCCCCGAAGGCCUCCCCUUCCGGUUCCGCUUCUAGAUCCGAGCCUCCCAACGAACCUGAGAUGGAAGGGAAACAAGAAAUGAUUCCAGCUCCUACAGAAAUUUUAUCAGUUAUUGAUUCUUUGAAAAAACAAGUUGCUGCUGACCGGUGUGUUUAUGUAGAGAAAAGAAUGGAAGAAAACAGGCUGAAGUUGGUUGACAUCAGUAACCUACUUUACAAGUUAUCACUGGAAAGACGAAAUGACAAAGUAAUUGGCACUGAUAAAAGCAUAGACCUACUGACUAAGAGGCAGAAAGAUGCAAUUGAUAUGCAAAAUGGUAUUGACAUAAGUAAUGCGGAUAAGGACAGUCAUAGCUCCCAAGAAGAUGGCCAGGCUUCUGCAAUUUUGCUAGGAUCUAGUAUAGCAGUCAAGAAUGCUGUUCGCCCUAUCAAGCUCAUGGAAGUGAAAAAAUUACCUCCUUAUACUACUUGGAUAUUCUUGGAUAGAAAUCAGAGAAUGACAGAGGAUCAAUCAGUAGUAGGCCGAAGGAGAAUUUAUUAUGAUCAAAAUGGGGGUGAAGCUCUAAUUUGCAGUGAUAGUGAGGAAGAAAUAAUCGAGGACGAAGAAGAAAAAAAGGAAUUUCGGGAUUCUGAAGAUUAUAUUCUUCGAAUGACCAUCAAAGAAGUUGGUUUGUCUGAUGCUGCAUUGGACGCACUGGGACAGUGUUUUUCCAGAAAACCUUCUGAAAUCAAGGAGAGAUACGAAGUUCUUAGUAAGGGAGAGAAUUCUGUGGAGGGCCCUGGGAAUUCAUUUCUUGAUAAAGAUCUUGAAGCGGCUCUUGAUUCUUUUGACAACCUGUUUUGUCGCCGAUGUCUUGUCUUUGAUUGUAGGCUGCAUGGAUGUUCCCAGGAUCUUGUCUUUCCGGCUGAGAAACAACUUCCAUGGAGCUUUCCAGAUGAGGAAAAUAUACCAUGUGGCCCGCAUUGCUAUAAACUGGUCCUAAAGUCUGAAUGCAAUGCUGUAGUGAGUUCUCCCAUGCGGGUUGAUUCUCAAGAAAAACCAGUCCCUUCCCCUGAUGGUACCGCAGCUCAGAUAUCCAGAAAGAAAUCUCUGGGUUCAUCUGUACGACGUAAACCAAAGUCAUGCCAAAGUGAAAGUGCUUCAUCAAAUGCAAGGAACAUAUCAGAAAGCAGUGACUCAGAGACCAGACCUGUACAGGACAUUACCUCUACUCACCACUCUUCAUCACCAUCCAAGUCUAGGCUUGCUGGAAAAUGUGGCAUUCAUAAGAGGAAUAGCAAGCGAGUUGCUGAACGCGUUUUACAUUGCAUGCAGAAAAGGCAGAAGAAAAUGGUGGCAUCUGAUUCUGAUUCUUUUGUGAGUGGAAGUCUUGGUUCAAAAGAUAUGAAACUUCGACCUAAUUCUCGUAAAGAAAAUGAAGGUGCUAGUUCGUCUUCACAGAAACUGAAGUCGUCGAGUGCUGGAAGGCCUAGGAGGAAGGAUCUCAGUAAUUGACAGUAAAAAAUGUGUUCAGCAGGAGGUUCCUCAUGGUCCAUCAAUGAUAUAAUUAUUGCUCGACCAGUUUGUAAUGAUGACACCAUGAGGAGAGAAGAGUUUGUGGGUGAAAAUAUCUGUAAACAAGAAAUCGUUGAUGGUAAAUCAUGGAAAACUAUUGAGAAAUCCCUUUAUGACAAAGGUUUGGAGAUAUUUGGAAGGAACAGCUGUUUAAUUGCUAGGAAUCUUAUGAAUGGCAUGAAGACUUGUUCGGAGGUAUUUCUGUACAUGAAUUGCUCUGAGAAUAGGCUAUUCUCCCGGGCAGGUGAUGGUGCAAAUUCUCUGCUUGAAGGCUAUUCCAAGCUUGAUUGUAAUGAAACUAUGGGUAAUGAAGUUAGACGAAGAUCAAGAUUUUUACGUAGGAGAGGUAAAGUUCGCCGCUUAAAGUACACUUGGAAGUCUGCUGGGUACCAUUCAAUUAGAAAACGGAUUUCUGAAAGAAAAGACCAGCCUUGCCGGCAGUACAACCCAUGUGGAUGUCAAUCUGCCUGUGGGAAGCAAUGUUCUUGCCUUCUAAAUGGGACCUGCUGUGAAAAAUACUGCGGAUGUCCAAAGAUUUGCAAGAAUCGAUUUAGAGGCUGUCAUUGUGCGAAAAGUCAAUGUCGGAGUCGGCAAUGUCCAUGCUUUGCUGCAGGACGAGAAUGUGAUCCAGAUGUUUGCAGGAAUUGCUGGGUCAGUUGUGGUGAUGGCACUCUUGGGGUUCCUUCCCAACGAGGUGAUAAUUAUGAAUGUAGGAACAUGAAGCUUCUUCUCAAACAACAGCAAAAGGUUUUGCUUGGAAGAUCUGAUGUAUCUGGCUGGGGGGCUUUCUUGAAGAAUAGUGUUGGCAAACAUGAAUACCUUGGUGAGUAUACUGGUGAAUUGAUCUCGCAUCGAGAAGCAGACAAGCGUGGCAAGAUCUAUGACCGUGAAAAUUCUUCAUUUCUCUUCAAUCUUAAUGAUCAGUUUGUUCUUGAUGCUUACCGGAAGGGUGACAAAUUGAAGUUUGCCAACCAUUCUCCAGAUCCAAAUUGCUAUGCAAAGGUCAUUAUGGUGGCCGGGGAUCAUAGGGUGGGAAUAUUUGCUAAAGAACGAAUUAGUGCUGGGGAGGAACUCUUUUACGACUACCGUUACGAGGCAGACAGAGCUCCUGCUUGGGCAAGGAAGCCUGAAGCAUCUGGUCCCAAGAAAGAGGACACCGCUCCUUCAAGUGGUCGUGCUAAGAAACUUGCUUAAUUGAUCAUUUAUACUUCAAUCCUAAAAUUCAAUUUUUUGUCAUUCUUUCUAAGAUAGAAUUUUCAUUUGACUUCGAAGGAAAGGUGGAUUUUUUUGGGUCAUUUUGUUGGUGGAGAGGCCAUUGCUGUCUCUGCUGAUUAACUUAUUGGAAUUUUCUUUAACAAUUCAUGCUAUUCAGUGUAUUGACCAAAGCCCAAUUGAAUACAAGGCUUUUAGUGACUCAUUAUUACAUUUUCUUACAUCAAAA